AUCCUCUCUCUCUUUCUCUGUGUCUCACGGUCUCACCCACACAGUCACACAUACUGCCCAUGUGCACUGCUCCAUCACUUCUUGCUGGCUCUUUCUCAUGUCCAGUUAAGACUUGAAACACAGUUAGUAAAUAUGUCAUUUUCAAGAACAUGAACUUGGACUUUGCCAUACUAGUACAACUUUAGAACUUCCAUCUCUGUCUCUCACCCACACAGUGAGUGAGUGAGAGUAUGGAUCCCAAUGCCCUUCUUGAUUAUGCGCUCUUUCAACUCACCCCAACACGAACAAGAUGUGAUCUGAUUGUGUUUUCCGGGAAGAAAAGUGAGAAACUGGCAUCUGGGCUUGUGGAACCCUUCGUCUCUCACUUGAGAUAUGCGAAAGAUCAGAUUCCAAAAGGUGGAUAUUCAAUAACUCUUCGCCCACCGCCCACUGCUGAUGAUGCCUCAUGGUUCACUAAGGUUACAUUUCAGAGAUUUGUGCGAUUUGUGAGCACUCCUGAAAUUCUUGAAAGGAUAGUGCGAAUAGAACGGGAAAUUUUGCAGAUUGAGAGUUCAAUUCAUCCUAGUGAAAUUUCCAACACAGAGCAGACAGGACAUCCGGGGGAAGCUGAUGGGAUCAUGAAGAAGUCAACUGGUUCCUUGAAGUUAACCUCUGAAGAAGAAGAUGGGGAUGCACCGAGAGAAAAUUCCAGGAUUCGUCUUCAACGUGUUAUGGAUACUCGGAAAGCAUUACUACAGAAAGAGCAAGCCAUGGCCUAUGCACGUGCAGUCGUGGCAGGAUAUGAGAUGGACAUCAUUGAUGAUCUUAUAUGCUUUGCUGACACAUUUGGAGCCUCGCGUCUAAGAGUGGCAUGUACCGAUUUCAAGGAGCUUUACAAGAAAAAGCAUUCAGAUGACCAAUGGAUGGAUGAACUAGCAGCAGUAAAAGCAUGCCAUGUGACUGACCUCUCAUACUUGGGAGCAUCUGGAAUUAUGCUAGCAAGUGAUCCACUUAUGAGAACUGGUUCCUCCGAACCUCUGUCCGAUUUGACCACUACUCCUACAAAUUCGGAUGGAAGCAAAGAAAAUAAUUUGCAGGCACCAGAAAAAGCACCAAACGGUCAGCAGCAGGUUCCGUGGAUGAAUCAGAUUCCACCGUAUAUGUACAAUUUUCAGGGGCCCAUUCAGCAAAUAGCAGCAUACCAAGGUUAUCCUUUCCCUGGUAUGCCUCCUGUGCAGCCAUAUUAUCCGGGCCAUAUGGGGUGGUCACCUUCUGGCGGUCAUAUUCCAUCUAAAAAUCAUCAAAGUCGUAAGUCGUCUAGGAAGAAGGAUAAAUCUUUAGAUGCAAAUGGAACAGAUGCCUCUGAAGCAGAUGAAUUAACUGCAUCUAGCGACUCGGACAAUGGGACUGAUUCAGAUGAGCCAAAAGAGCAUGAUAGGAAGCCUUCGACAAAGGGGCACAAACAUGUUAAGAAGGGCAAGAAAAAGAAUUCAAAAACAGUUGUGAUCCGUAACAUAAAUUACAUAACUUCCCAAAGGCACAAUGGAGAAGAGGAUGAAGUCUCUGAAGAUUCUUCAGAAGCUCCAUCACUUGAUGAAGCUUCCAUCAGAGAGGGGGUAGACAAUGCAAUUGCAUCUUUGGAGAAACAUUCCCACCCAAGAGUACAUAAAAAUAGAGGAAAAAGGGGAUCCCAAGCUCAAAAUGGAGAUGGUUCUGGUGAACAGGAUUUUGGAAACGACGUAGAUGCAAAUAUGUCCGAAGGAGGGAAAGCAAAUAAUGCUUGGGAUGCUUUUCAGAAUCUCCUCAUGAGUCAAGAAGAGACAAAUUCUAGUGAAUUAUCCAAGCAUCACCCUGGGGAUUCCCUGGAUGAACAUUUUCUCAUGGAAAAUUCCAAUGGUGGGCUUUCACAGAAAAUCAGGAAAAAACCUUUGACUUCUGAUGAUUCAGUUCUUGUGAUUCAGAGAGCGGGGGAGAAUGGUGGUACAGCUCACACUGUGGAUUUUGCAAAUGGUGAAGGAAUGCACGCAAGUAUGAAGAAAAUUGUUUCUGAAGAUGAAAAUGCAUUGUUUUCACGACAAUUCAAAGAAUCAAGGGCUAGCACACUGGGGAGCGUACCAGAUCUUUCUGCAGAAUUAUCCACUAUCAAAAACCGGAAAGCAGAAGAUUGGUUUAUUGUUAAUUCCUCUGGAGGAUCAGAAACACAAGAGGCUAAGUACUUGGAAUUUGUAAAUCAUGAUUCUCUGUCCUAUAAACCGGACUCAACUAAAGGAACUCCUGUGGUUGAUGAUUCCUUCAUUAUAGAGUCGAGGUCGACUGCUGAUGCCUAUUCUUCUCAUUGGAGAACUGAUAUUAGCAUGGAUGCUGAUAUUGAUGUAGCAUUCCAUCCAGAUAAUGGAAAUCCAACUAUUUCCAGAGCUGGGAUUUUUGGCAGGAUCCCUUGCUAAGAGCAAGCAAGAUUCUCUUUCCAAGACCAAGAAGACUACUUCAGCAAGUAGGUUAAUGGGGCAAAAGGGCAAGUUAUUGAAGGAAGAAGAGGAACGCAAGAGAAUGGAAGAACUACUGAUUGAACGCCAGAAGAGAAUUGCUGAAAGAACAGCUGCUAGAGGUUUGACUCCUGCAGCAUCUAAGAAAAUUCCAGCAGGAAGUAAAACGGCUCCUGCAAAACUCGAUAAGAAUAGACCUUCUGUGGUCCACGAUACGAAAAAACCAAGUCAGCCUAAACUUACUACCAAACUGGUAGCGUGAUCAUGGUGAAAUUUCACAUUUGAAAAUACAACCUAAAAGAUACUCUUGAACUAGCAAAUUGGAGUAGCCUCAUCUGAGCUGUGGUUGGCGUGCUUGUCGGGUCAUGCUUCUUCAUGGUGUUCCACUCUGGUUUGGCCUGGCUGUACUUGUAAAGUCUUGGUUUGCUUAUACCAUUUUUUGAGAUAGUAUAUUCAUUUAUUUAUUUCUGCAAUAGUGUGUAUCUGCAAUAAACAAAUGGAUUUGAUACUUGUUGUCGGAAUAAACAAAGAAUUGUUAGUUCAACACUA